UGAGGAAGAUUUGAAUCCAACAUGGCAACGUCUGACCCUUUCCCUGAUCCAGACCCUGAGACUACAGCAGAAUCAGAGCCCAGGGCCAUGGAAACAGAGGGAAGAAGGAAAAGGAAAAAGAAGCCAUCCUUUAUGGAUUCUUUUGGAUCACUUUUAUCCAGAGCAGGAAGAAGGCUUGGGUUAAAAGCCAGAAGUUCUGAUGAUUCAUCCACAGUGGAAGGAGUAGUCUCACCAGAAUAUGUAAGAUAUAUGACAGAGUCAAGAAUUGGCUGGUUAAAAAUGAUGCGGGAAAGGCUUCACACCCUUUUACAGAUUGAUAGGGAAAAACAUCACAGUGAUGAACAAUUGAAAGAAAUCCAAGAAUGGCAUGCGAUUGAUUAUCUUAUUCUUAUAGAUGACAACUUGCUUCCUCCUUCCAUAGGUAAAUGUCAGAAUGUACGUUUGUUACAUUUGGGAUAUGGUGUUUAUGGAAUCUCAAUACCUGAAGAAAUUCAAAACUUGACACGGCUUUAUAAACUGCAUUUGCCUAAGGCUCAGCUUGAAAGUCUACCAGAUGCUCUCUUCAAUAUUGCUGCACUAGAGGAUGUCAACCUAGAGAACAACAGAUUGACUGAUAUUCCUGAUAGUAUACAAAAUCUGCCAAAACUGAAGUAUUUGAACAUUUCAAACAAUCAGCUUACAUCAUUCCCUGUACAGCUCUGUAGCUUAUCAUCUUUGGAAAGUCUCCACCUUGGUUCAAAUAAGCUUCAUGGCAUACCAAAAGAGAUUAAGAAUCUAAAGAAUCUGGGAAGGAUUUCUCUAUCCAAUGCAAAUUUGACAUCAUUCGAGGAAAUCUGCUGCAAAGAGAUGAAGAAGCUUGAAUUUUUAUAUCUUAAUGGGAACCAAAUUACAGAAAUUCCACAAGAUAUAAAAGAUCUCGUCAGUUUGAAAGAAUUGGAUUUGUCUGGCAACCAGAUUACUGCAAUACCAGAUGGAAUUGUACAUUUGGUGGCUUUAUGCAAAUUAUACUUUGCCCAUAAUGCCAUAUGUGACAUAAUGCCAGUCUGUCAAAGUGAACUUUCAAAUAUUGAAAUUUUGUCUUUUCAUGAAAAUGCAUUAAGAAGAAUCCCUGGUGAGAUCGGAAACUUGUUCAAACUACGAGAGUUGUAUAUGGGAGGGAACAAACUGACAGAGUUACCAGAUGAAGUUUGCCACCUGAGUCUACUCCGAACAUUAGACCUAUCGAAGAACAAAUUAAGUCAUCUUCCAGAGAUGUUUGACCAGCUGAAGCAUCUGCUCGAGAAGGACAUAAUCAAACGGGGAUUGUCACUUGAUGAAAAUCCCCUCAUUCAGCCCCCAAUGUCUGUUUGUGAGAGAGGCAUUGAAGCAAUUCACCGCUACCUCAGAGAUCUCCGAGCAUCUCGUGCCAUUAAGACUGCGCGAUUACAACUCCACGUAUUGGGUGAAACCACAGCUGGGAAAACCAGCCUGGUGAGAACCCUCACCUCGGGACAAUCCAGUCUCACUGCAAUGGCGGAUAGGACAAGAGUGGUAGACCAGGUGACAUAUACCCCACAGGAGGAAGUCAGCCUCCAUAUCAAUGAUUUUGGAGGGCAUGAAGUUUAUAGAAUAGUUCCCAAUUUCUUCCUCACCCCAAGGGCUGUGGUGCUGUUGGUUUUAGACCUUAAAGUGUAUGAGGAGAACUCCUUUGACAUUUUGGUUGGUUCGUGGAUCGAAUGUGUUCUUGGGAAGGCACCAGAGGCACAUCUCAUCCCAGUGGCAACACAUGCUGAUAUUUGCACUGACGAGGAUAUAGAAAGGAAGAUUGCUCACCUUAAUAACGCCAUGGAAACACUGUUGACAAACCGACAAGGCAGCCUGCAGGCGCAAGCUCAUAGUAUAGCGACAAAGAUACGCAGGGUAGAACAGCUACCAAAUUUCCAAACUGAAGAAGGGGAGGCUUUGAAGAUGGCAUAUGAAGAAAAGCAAGCCCAGGUGGAGACUCUGCUCACGAAGCUCCCUACAGUUGCACCCCAGCCCUAUGUAAUCAGCUCAAAGACUAAACAGGGCAUUGAUCAACUUGACCAGUACCUUCAAGAAUUGGCGCGAGACAGAGGGGUCAUUCUACCAGAAACCUGGUUUGACAUGGUUGAUGCUGUACUUAGGGCUCAACUGGAGCCACCUAUUUACUUGGAUGGUGCAAUGCUGCAGCGACUGUGGACCACUGUAAAUGCUGAUGAUGUCAUGGCUUACAUGAAAGAGGCAGGUCAUGUGAUGUGGUUUGAGGACAGCAACAGUCUUCGCCACACCAUCUUCCACAAGAAAGAGAUCGUGUUAGAACUCCUCAAGGCUGUUUUCCGUCAUGAUAUGGCAGAGGUUGUGAACCCAAACACCCCACCUUACCAAUUUCGGUUUACACCAGCCAAACUUAGAGAAGUGAAAGAAGAUUUACUGCGGCGGGGGAUCGUCAGUGAAGAACUUCUUCAGUGCCUUUGGGAUGAUUUCAAGAUGAAGGACCAAGAGGUGGAUACCAUGCGUUGUCUGCUUACUCACCUGGAGCUAUGCUAUGAAGUACCUCCAGAGAUUGAAGGUGGUAGCCUCAGCCUUCAUUUCCCCUGGUUGUUGACAUCUGACAUCCCUGAUACCUUGGCAACCCGCUGGCCAGACCAGGUGCCCCCUGAACAGACACAGCUGACCUUGGAAGUACACUUCAAUGUGCCAUGUCCCAUUGGUUUCUUUGAGAGAACCUCCGUGGCACUUCACAAACAUCUGGGCAUCUUCAAGACAACUCGUGAAGAUUGGCUGGAUGGUAUCGUCUCACAGGUGGCACAUGACCACAUCCUCCUGAGGCGCUCCAGCAACCGUAUAGUGUUUGCCAUCAGAGGGCCCCGACUUCCUCCAAUGUGGACGUUCUUGAUUAAGAUGUCCGAGCAGAUGGGCAUGUUUGUGGACAGAGAAUGGCCUGGUGUGAUAUAUGAUAUGUACCUUGUGUGCCCUCACUGUGUUCAAACACAGGUGGCUGAAGACAGCUGCACUCGAUUCCCAGCAGAAGUCCUGAAGCAAUAUGAAGUCUCAGCAGAAAACUUUCCGUGCCAGAAUGCCCCUCCCUCCUGUUUGAUUCCUGCCUUCCUGGUGACCCCAUAUGCACCAGACCUGGGGUUCAUGACCAGAACCAACCGUGAAGCCUUGCGGAGAAUGAGGCUGAACAUUGUCCAUGAUACAACCGAACCAGCCGUAAAGAAUAUUUUAGAUUGGCUCAACCAGGAAGGGGUAUUAUCAGACAGAGAGAUGGAGGAUAUCAGAUGUAUUGGUUCAACUGAAGACACCCCAGAUAUGGUGGCAAGACUUCUGGAUAUGUUGCCUGGGAAAGGUGACCGAGCUUUCCACCUUUUCUGUGAGGGCCUCAGAGACAAUGGUUACCCUCACAUGUGCAAUGCCUUGCUGAACCCGCCUUCAACCUAAAAGAUGAGGUUUGGAGAACAGAAUGGUUACAUCUGAAAGAUUCAUUCAUAAAGUGGAAUUCUGAAAAUUGACAAUUUUUUUAGUUUUUGUGUCCAAGUUAUUAACUGAACAACUUGAUAAGUCAGUGUCUGCCAUUGAUGGCACUGGUGACACACCUGUCACAAUUAUCAUUGCCUUUAUUUGACACAUUAUUGGUGCUUUAAGCGUAAAUAUAUAUUUUUAUGUGCAGCAGUAAAUCAAUCUAUUCAAGCAGAGAUCUCUAUUUAUAUAUAAGCAGAGAUUGCUAUUAUGUGAAAUAUUUUAUUAUGUGAACUUAAACCUCGUGCAAGGUACGUGAUAAAUUAAGUUAAUCCCAAAACUGUAUUUCUGUCUGUGUCUUAGUAAAUAUGUCAUGACUUAUAUUGCAAAUAUAAGUAAUAUUACAAAUGAUGAUAAAGAAAAAAGUGGGAUGGAUGCUCACAUUAUUUUGGUUAAAUGUAUUUUUCUUGGAUUGGUUUUUCUACUGAAAUGCCAAAUUAAGUCAGUGUUAUUUAGAAAAGUAUCACAGUAAAUAGUUUGCUUGUAAGUGGUUAGCUCAUAAUCAGUAAAUUUGUUAUGUAACAAUAAAAUGGCUUACAAAAGUCGGUGUUCAAAUGUCUAUUUAUAUAUCAUUAAUAAAAAUGUCUGCACUUUUUGAUAGAAAAAACAUGCCAUGACAAAUCCAUGAGCAAUAAAAUCAAUUUGAAAUA